CAGCCGCAAAAGUAAACAAAAUUGCUCUGCAGUCAAUUCAAAGCUAAAUCAUUAAUUUAAAGUAAUAUUAAGCAAUUUAUGUGGCUUAACAAUAAAACAAAAUGUCGACCAUCGACGGCAUUUACUCGCUGCGUCUCGUCAUUGCCGACUUUUACAUGGAGAAGCCAAUAUUCGGAUUGGAUCCAUGUUACUCCGAGUUGCGCGGCAAAGAAAUCAAACGAGUGCCCAUUGUGCGUAUCUUUGGCGCUAAUGCCAAUGGUCAGAAGAGCUGCAUGCAUGUCCAUGGCGUAUUUCCAUACUUUUAUAUACCCUACGAUAAGCGAGACUUUGAGACGCUGGAACGCGGCAUUCUCCAGAUAGCGAUGCAUCUGGACAAGGCGUUGAAUAUAUCACUGGGUCAGGGCAGCUCCGAUGCACAGCAUGUGUUCAAAAUACAGCUGGUGAAGGGAAUUCCCUUUUAUGGCUAUCAUCGUGUGGAGCAUCAGUUCUUGAAGAUCUACAUGUUCAAUCCACGCUUUGUGCGUCGUGCUGCGAAUCUGCUGCAAAGCGGCGCCAUACUCAACAAGAACUUCAAUCCCCACGAAUCACAUGUACCUUAUAUAUUGCAAUUUAUGAUCGACUUCAAUCUGUAUGGCAUGAGUUAUUUGCAUGUGCCUCUCGAGGUGGUUAAGUUCCGACGCAGCAAUGAGGAUGAAGUGUUGCCCUAUGCAAAUGUAAAUCCGCAGCAGCUGUUGGACUUGAGCAGUGCGAGAAAAGUGAGCUGCAGUACCUUGGAACUGGACAUUAGCUCGAAUUUCAUACUCAACCGCUUUCAGUUGGCGGCCAAAUCGAAUGCCACGCACACGAAUCCCGGCAUUGAGGCUAUUUGGCACGAUGAGCAAGUGCGUCGCCAGAAAUUAGCACAAAGUUUUGGCGCUGAUGAACAAAAAGUCAAAGCGAUACCCAUUUUGGAGGUGCCGCCCACACAAGAGCGUCCUAACAUUGAGCUAGCGGAAAGCGAUGUUUUCUAUCGCACCGCCUUGGAGAGCAAGUUGUCGUCCUUGGAGCAAACAUUGAGCGUGGAUCAAACACUCAUGGAACAGAGUCAAGUGAGCGCUACUCAUGUGACGCUGCAGACAAGCGUCAAGGAGCAACGUCGCACCUUCAAUCUGCAAAAGUUGCUGGUCAACUUGGUGUAUCCUGAGGAAUGUUCACAGGAGGCGCAGCAGCAGCUGGUAAAUGCUUCAUUCAUACAGAAUCAUUUGUCGGGAAGCGGAAGUGGUCAGAGUUUUGUGCAGCUGGCGGAGCAAAGAGAAGACUCUGACUAUUUGAAUGAUACGCUGGUGGAUGAGCAGCUCCAGUUGCUGCAGUCGCAGGGACCAAUGGCGCAUGAUGCCACCUUACGCGAGGAGGACUUGGAGUUGCUGGAUGUGCUGCAGCAGCUGGAAGAGCUGAAUGAGAAUGAAUCGCAAAUCGAUUUGGACAGUUCGCUGGCGCCGCUUUCGCAGCAGCACAAAAACUUUGAGCUCACUCCUGAGCUGCUGGACAAGCAGACGGCAGCCGAAGCCGCCAAGCAACCGUUGUCGGAGCACGAAGACGACAGCUCAGAUGAAGAGACGGCUGCUGGUAAUAUGCAUGACUUUUCGGUGGCUUUAGAUGACAUCGAUGAGUUGCUGCUGAAGCUAACGCAGAGUCAACCCAAAUCCGACGCCGAUAAGUCUGUUAAAAUGCCACAAGUCGAUGGCGCUGAUGAUCAACUGCCGCGUACGCCCAAGAAGGCCAAAACGCAGCGGAGUCCGCCACGCACGCCCACAACGCCCAAGAGUCGCAUCAGCAGGCAACAACCGCGCACUCCCAAGUCCAGUGCGGCCAAGAAGUAUGCUCCUUUGCCUCUGACCAUAGUCAGCAAAUCGGCGCAAAAGAGCUCAACGGAGUCACCUGUUAUGCCCAUUCAGCUCAGCCAGCAGCUGGACACAGUUAAAAGUAAUCCAGCGCUGACGUUGCGCAAAAAGCUGGCCAUGACGGAACUACGUCGCAAAACUAUAUCGGCGCCGCCAGAGGCUCUAAAGGAAUCGACACGAGCAGCAGUAACAAAGGAACAAACACCACUUCGUCGCAGUUUGCGAAAUCGAGCUCAGGACUUGGAUAAAACACACAUCGUUUGCUCGCUAACGCCGCGUCAAAAGAAUCCUAAAAUGUCUGAAAUUUUUAUGGAGACAAAAGAAACCUCAGCGAGUUCAGAAGAAGAAAAAAAGCCACGCCGAAGUACUCGCAACUGCAGCAAACAGGAAGCAAAGGAAGUUCCAUCUACAAGCAAAAAGGCUGUGAAGUCAAAAGCUAAAGCACAAGUAGAGACUGGGACUGAAUUGAUUAAAGGAAAAGAGUCUGGAGAUACACAAAGCGAUCACAACUGUUUGCUGAAAGUGGUAACUUCAGAUGCACCCGCUACUCAAAGAGUUGAAGCUGAGAUGGAAAAGCAAUCUGCAGACGCGGAGAUAUCAACAAAUGGCGAAAAGUCUGUAACAGAAAUGGAAUCGCCAGCCACAUCAAGAACAGAAGAAGUUAUUUUAGAAACUCGGUCAAAUUUGGAUAUAAGGAAACCAUCGGUUGAAUCGCCAGUUGUUGCCAGCGAGGAAGAUGAAACAAUUGUAUCCGAUACAGAAAGCGAUCGUUUACUGCCGAAGCUUAGAAAAACGCCGAAUUUGCGACGUUUGCGAAGAAGUUUUCGGGACACAUUGUUGGCGAAGAAUGCGACGCCGACAAGUACUCGGUUAGCGAGUCCAAUGGCAAAGCAGAAUGCACUUGAGAUUAUUGACAGUCCUUCAAGGAAAACUGCAGAGAAUCAAACCACAGAAAGAGAAACUUUAUUCAGUAAAACACCAGUUAGUAGAACUCCUUUAAGUAGGACUUCUUUUAGAAAGGUGCUGCCGGGUGACAGUCCAACCCCAUUCGAAACUCAGUCAUCAGCGUUGGAAGUUUCUGCUCGAACACCAAUCCCUUCUCCAACGGCCACACCAACUGUUGAACCCAUGGAAGUUCUGGCCACACCGCACUGCAGUCCGCAAAGCCAAGAGGACAACACUCCCGAGUUGAUGCGUAGUUUCUACGAACACUCGUUCAUGAUCAAUAGUCCCUCUGUUUUCAGCGAGGACUUGAGCAGUCCACAAACCAAUGCACAGCAGAAAACAGUUGCUCAGCCAAGCAACAACUCCACCAAAUCCUCGUUUGUCAUCACACCACUUGAGCUGCCGCCCAGCUACGACGAAGUGCUUCGUGGCUGUCGCAAACUCGAUUAUCCUGAGUACACCUUUCAGCAGCCCUUCUACAGCAAUCCCGCGGAUGUGAGCAAAAUGACCGAGGUGGGAUUUCUGGUGCUGCGCAUACCCGGCAACAAGCUCAACGAUCUGGAACCGUUUGAGAGCUGUGUGCUGCCCAGCAAUCGUGGUCUGGCUGCCUGGCGACGCAAGCAACUUCUACAGAUUGGCGGACCUGCAAUAUUGCAACGCUAUAAAACUGCGGGCCAGAUACGCGAAUAUUUUAGCACCGAGAAGCGAAUUGUGAUUGAGCCAGCGUUUAGUGCGCCGAGCAGACAGGAUGCCAAACUCUGGCUGAAGGCACGCGAGCUGCACCAGCAGCGAAAAGGACAUGGCGAAAGAGAGGAGGAGCGAAACGAUGUGGAUAGUCCCAUCAAGAUCAAAAGACAGAAGAUUACCAUGAUGCUGAAUGAGGGCGAUGGUGCUGGGGCAGAUGAGGAUGGCGAACUUGAUUGCAGUGGCAUCAGUCUAACGCCCAUGUCGGUGUCCUUGACACCAGCAUCAAGUCAGCGGCACGCUGUAAGCAACAAAAUGCGCUCUCGACGUGGCACAAAACUGCAGUUCCAGGCAUCAUCUCAGGAUGAACCCCAACCAAGCAGCAGUCAAUCGAGUGAGCAGAGCGUGGCGAGCAGUGCUGCCUUGGAUGCCUUGGAGCGUAGUUCGUUUGUGAGACAGCUGGACAGCAUGAGCGGCGGUCGUAACAGCCAUGAGCUGAGUUUUGGACUCAAUCAGGCGUCGCUGGAUAACACGUUUGGUUUCAAGGUUAAUCUGGAGAAUCUGCAGCAAGCCAAGGCAGACAUUGAGUGCAACUAUUUGACCAUCAUGACGCUGGAAGUAUUUGUGGCGACGCGCGAGGACUUGCAACCUGAUCCGAUGCACGACGAGAUUCGCUGUUUGUUCUAUGCCAUCGAGCACAGUUUGCCGCCAGCGACAGUGGGCGAAACGCUGCCCAGCAAAGCCUGUGGCUACAUUAUCGUUAGCGAUGCCUCCGAUCUGCUAAACGAGGGUCGUCAUCAUGGCCUCGAUGCGGAUAUUGAGCUUCAGGUGGUGCAGAGCGAAGCGCAAGCUUUUGAGGCAUUGUUGGCGCUAUGCACACGCUGGGAUGCGGACAUUUAUGCGGGCUACGAAAUCGAGAUGAGCUCCUGGGGCUAUGUCAUCGAGCGUGCCAAGCAUUUGUGCUUCAACAUUGCGCCGCUGUUGUCGCGUGUGCCCUCCCAGAAAGUGCGCGACUUUGUCGACGAGGAUCGCGAACAGUUCACAGAUCUCGAUGUGGAGAUGAAACUCUGCGGUCGUAUCUUGCUGGAUGUGUGGCGUCUGAUGCGCUCCGAGAUUGCGCUCACAUCGUACACCUUUGAGAAUGUCAUGUAUCACAUCCUGCACAAGCGUUGUCCCUGGCACAGUCCCCGUAUGCUCAGCGAUUGGUUUGCCUCGCCCUGCACUCGAUGGAUUGUCCUGGAGUAUUAUCUGGAACGUGUUCGCGGCACUCUGGCGCUGCUUGGGCAACUGGAUCUCUUGGGACGCACCAGUGAAAUGGCCAAGCUCAUUGGCAUACAAUUCUACGAGGUGUUGUCGCGAGGAUCGCAGUUUCGCGUGGAGAGCAUGAUGUUGCGCAUUGCCAAGCCAAAGAACCUGGUGCCGCUGUCGCCGAGCGUGCAACAACGCGCCCACAUGCGAGCACCCGAAUAUCUGGCGCUGAUCAUGGAACCCGAGUCGCGCUUCUAUGCCGAUCCGCUGAUUGUGCUCGACUUUCAGAGUCUGUACCCCAGUAUGAUCAUCGGCUACAACUACUGCUUCUCCACGUGCCUGGGACGCGUCGAGCAUCUGGGCAGCAGCACGACCUUUGAGUUCGGCGCCUCGCAGUUGCGUGUGUCGCGUCAGCUGUUGCAGCAGCUGCUGGAGCGUAAUCUGGUGACGGUGUCGCCCUGUGGCGUGGUCUUUGUGAAGCGAGAAGUGCGCGAGGGAAUUUUGCCACGCAUGCUGAGCGAAAUUCUGGACACCAGACAGAUGGUCAAGCAAUCGAUGAAGUUGCAUAAGGACAGCUCCGCAUUGCAGCGAGUGUUGCACUCUCGACAGCUGGGCUUGAAGCUGAUGGCCAAUGUCACCUAUGGCUAUACGGCAGCCAAUUUCAGCGGACGCAUGCCCGCCGUGGAAGUGGGUGACUCGGUGGUCUCCAAGGGACGGGAGACACUCGAACGUGCCAUCAAGCUGGUGGAGAUGAAUGAGAAGUGGAAGGUGCGUGUCGUCUAUGGCGAUACGGAUUCGAUGUUCGUGCUGGUGCCAGGACGCAAUCGAGCCGAGGCAUUUCGCAUUGGCGAAGAGAUUGCCCAGGCGGUGACCGAGAUGAACCCACAUCCCGUCAAGCUCAAGCUCGAGAAGGUUUAUCAGCCAUGUCUGCUGCAGACCAAGAAGCGCUACGUCGGCUACAUGUACGAGACGCCCGAUCAAGAGCAACCCGUCUAUGAGGCGAAGGGCAUUGAGACGGUUCGUCGCGAUGGCUGCCCGGCAGUGGCCAAAAUGCUGGAGAAGGUUCUGCGACUGCUGUUCGAGACGGCGGAUGUCAGCCAGAUCAAGCAGUAUGUGUGCCGGCAGUUUACCAAACUGCUAUCAGGACGCGCAAAUUUGCAGGAUCUUAUAUUCGCCAAGGAGUUUCGCGGCCUCAACGGUUACAAGCCAACGGCUUGUGUUCCAGCGCUAGAGUUGACUCGCAAAUGGAUGCAAAAGGAUCCGCGACGUGUGCCACGCCGUGGAGAGCGUGUGCCCUUCUGCAUCAUCAACGGACCGCCUGGCAUGCAGCUCAUUCGCCUUGUGCGUCAUCCGCACGAGGUGCUGGCCCACGAGGGCUACAAGAUCAAUGCCAUCUACUACAUCACCAAGGCGAUUAUACCGCCGCUGAAUCGCUGCCUGCUGCUUAUUGGCGCCGAUGUGAAUGAAUGGUUCAGUAAUCUGCCACGCAAACUGCUGAUGACGCCAGCGAUGUCCACAGCCGGAGAGUUGAUGAAUCGCGGCAGCGCCAAGUCCACCAUAUCGCAGUAUUUCUCGACGACCAACUGCAUCAUCGAUUGUGGCCGCCAGACGAAGGCAGGCAUCUGUUCGGAUUGUGCACGAAAUCCAAGUAAAUGUGUGGUCACAUUGCAUGCUCGGCUGGCACAGCUGGAGCGUGGCUAUCGAUUGACGCAGCAGAUCUGUCAGGCGUGCUGUGGACGACUUGGUGACUUGCAAUGCGGUUCGUUAGAUUGUCCUGUGCUCUAUGUGCUGGAAGUGAAGCGGAGGGAGCUGCAACAAAUGCCACAUAUUCGGCAACAGAUCGAGCAACGAUUUUGAUUUUGAUGUUUCUGUAUAUAUAGGGUGUAUAUAUAUUUUGUAACUUUUUAUUCGACUAAAAAAGUUAAAAUGCCACAAGUUCAUUGUCUGCAGCACAGUUCAUGUAUAUGUAUAUCGCUUAUACGCUACGUAUGCCGAUGUGGUGUGGUGUGGUGUUAAUGUUAAAUGUAUGUUUUUGUGUGUUAUCUUGAUGUAUAUGCUUUGUUAACUAUUGAUAUUUUUGUUUUAUUGAGAGCUGUGUUUUACAUUAAUUAAUAUAUUAUAUGUGGGUGUGUGUGUAUAUGUAUGUGUAUAAUAAUCGCAUGAGGAUGUGCACUUUACAAAUAAUCUAAAAGUUACUUAUGUACGUUGCUUUUAACAAUUUCCAAUGAGUUUUAACCAAAUUAAAUAACAAUCAUCAAUUAAUAAUAUAUUUUAUAUAUGUAUAUAUAACCAUGUACAUAAGAUUUUAUGUGUUCCUGCUCUGUUCUUUUGUUUUCAUUCAAUUUUUGAUCUUUUGAUUCUUUUUUUGUGGUUUUUGCCCUGAUUGCACCUAAACAAUUUGCAAUUGUAUAUGGUUAUUUUUAAAUUGAGCGAGUGUCUUAACAUUUAUUCAAAAAAAGAGAAAAAACAAUAUGAAA